AUGGCAAGGACUCCAGCGUCGCGCAACAUUGGUCGCGUGCUGGCGCUGCUGGCAUUGUUUUGGGCCUGUCAGCCAACCGUGCAGACAGUGCACACUGCCGUUGGAGCCCGGGCCGUCCCCUUUGCAAGGCCUCCUGCGGGCGCGUGGGCGCGUAAGCCCCUCAUUGCACGCAGGGCCACGAGCAAGGCUGAUGGCCAACAUAGUGAAGCUGACGACAAGGAAGAUGAUGAGGUGAGCAAGCUUGCCAAAGAACACGAUGAGGUUCAGAGCUACGACGCAGAUGAGGUGCUUCGAUGGGUCCGACAAGUCUCUCGCCCCAAGGACAUCGACGAGUUUGUGACUCAAGAGUACAUCGGGGAAACCCUGCUGGAGAAGAGCGCGGCAGAAUUGGACAGAAAGCUCAAAUUGCCAGACGGGCCAAGAGAGAGGCUGGUGAAGCACAUCAAGAAGCUGAAAGCGGCCGCCGCCGUCAGAGAUUUCAAGAAGAAGCUUGAAGAUGAAGGCGCUGAUGAGGAUCGAAUCACGAUGGUCGGUGACAUGCUGUCGGCGCUGGUGAAGCUGGAUGCAAAGACUGUGAUGAGUUCAGCUCUUGAGGAUCCAGAUGUCCAAUCGGUGUUGGAGCAGGCCUGUAACGCAACCAGAGACGAUGUGAACAGCUACGAACCACUUCAAGUAGCUGCAUGGAUUGCAGCAAACCUGGUUUCUGCCAAGUACGACGCUUCUGCGAUCCAACAGGCACUUGCGAAGCUGACUGGGAUGUUGCCUCGACAGCUGCUCGAAGUCACGCAAGGUGAGCUCGAGAGCCGGUACAAUCUAGAGGCUGCGAAAGCGAAGUUCCUGUUCAAUGCGGUUCAAGACUUAAGCGAUCCUUUGGUGUUGACCUUUCGGGACCUCGUGAACGACAGCAGCUAUCCAGAGUUCCAAUACAAGCGUGUUUGGGUGUACAGGCUCCUAACUGACAUACCAGAAUGUGGGUACAUUGAAGAUGCGCAGCUCUUGACAAGCACAGUCGGCGGCGAAGUGGUGGAUGUGGCAAUCGGCAGCAGGAAGGGCAAGCGCUGUAUUCCCGUCUUCUAUGGUGAAAGUGGCAGUGGGAAGACCCUUCAGUCUCAGCUUGCGCCAGCCCUGAAGUUAGGCAAUAAUUCCUGCAUAGUUCGCGUCUUCAGCAAGACUCUUGACGAUGACGACCCAAUCCUCGAGAACAUCAGGCACGAACAUGCGCAAGAGAACUGGCAGAAGCGCAAUGCCUUGUGCAAGAAUUGGACUCUCACCAUGCUCUUUGCACAGAUCAAGAGUGCUUUUUGGCCACAUGAUGAGGUGGUUGAGGCAUGGUUGGGCAAUUCAAGCCGGAACAAACAAGACCUUGGCACCAUCGUGUUUGUCAUUGAUGAGGUUAGCAAGUGCAUAGAACUGGCUCGCGGGAUCUCUGCAACGCAAACUGAUAUCUACACCACGCUAGAGCAGAAGUAUUGCCUCUCUGCUCAGCUUGUCAUGGCAGGAACGGCUGCUGCAUACAUUCUGGGCACUCCAGGUACAAGUGUGCUCAGUACCGAUCCAAAAAAGGUUUGCUUGACGCACGUUGGCCUCGUCCAAGGCUCGAAAUAUCUCGGCCGCCUGCUGACACAGUUAGACAACCAGACGGGCGUGCACUUGAAGGACUUGCAAGUCGCGUCCGUGCGCCCAUACCUCAGCAAUGCCCGAACGGCAUGGUUCCUGAUUGAAACGCUGCGGUGUUUUUUUUCUUGGGCACCAAAGGAUGUCAGCCGCAAGAUGGCAGGCUCAAUUUGGAAGCGCUACCCAGCAGCCACGGGCUGCUAUGUGCCCUUGAUGUACAGAACAACGAACGGCUUGCAGCGAUUGAAGACUGCUGAAGAGCGUGAAGGCAUUGCCAACCGGGCGCUCAAACUUUUGAUGCACGCCGACCUUCUGACACCAGACACGAUGCCGACGCUUCGGGAAGCUGUAGAGUGUGUAAGCCUUGGGCUGUGCAAUGUUUCAAAUUAUAGCCAAGCCCAAAGUCUCCUUGCUCAAGAUGGGCAAAGCAAGACGUAUCGGGAUGACCUCAUUUUCCAGUCUUCACCCGCUUUGGCGCACAUGCUGUUGGCAGCUUUCGAUGUGCCAGAGGUAGUCCCCCACCAGGACGGGGAUUCGCUGGAGGCAGUCAUAAUGGAAGCGGAAAGACGCUUCUCAGAGGUGCUGACUGGCCGGAAGGCCAUCGCGUUGACUCUACCGCAUGCGCUGCCUCCGCAGCUUAACCAGCAGAACAUGACAGGCCUGCCGCUAGAACAGUUUAAGGAGAUUCUGGCAGCAUUGAAAUCCAGCCAGACAGUGGUGCUGCGCAAUGGGCCCAGUGCUCAAGGUGCUGACAUUAUCGUUCUUCGGAGGAAGCAUGGAAGCAAUAUGCCCUUGGUUCGCCUGAUACAGGCGAAGAACAAAAACAAGAAAGCAGAUAUGCUUCCAGCUAUUUCAACACUGGGAGUCACAUGCAGCAACAAAACAGUCACAUGUCGCGCCUGGCAUCGAGCUGCACAAGUUCUUGGAUGGCUGUGCCGACUUGUGUCAGAGCAAGCUGGCCGUAAUGCGUUCGAGCUUGGGAAGUUCAAGCAGCCCAGGACUAAUGUUAGCGUCUCCGUCGAGCUGGUGCUUUGGGAGAGUAUCCCCCGCAACGAGGCUCCUCCUACUUUGAGUCGACCAAAGUUUUUGCAACAGACUCCCACGUUCCGGCUGAGGAGCUUGCAACAUUUGGCUCCGUUUCCUACACAUAUAGCGCGCCCCGAUAGCAAGUAUGUUGCGCAGAAGCAGUGGCCAAAGAAGAGGAGGUCGGGAAAGCCGCCGGCAAAGAAAUCAUCAGCAAGCAAACGAUAG